CACCCACUCACCGUGUGGUGGUGUCCGUCUGUCCUCCUGCACCAACCCACCCGCUGAGCUGCCGCAACCAUGUCCUGGAAGCUCACCAAGAAGCUCAAGGAGACGCACCUUGCGCCGCUGGCAAACACAUUCAGUCGCUCGUCGUCGACGUCCACAAUAGUCGACAACCAGGCCACGCCCAAGGCCUCCAGCCACACCAGCAGCCUCACAGAGUCCAAAGACAAUGGCAUCGCUGCCUCAGAAGCCCAGGCGUCGGCGCCCGCACCGCCCCUUCGCCCAGGCAUCCUGAUCGUCACGCUCCACGAGGGCCAGAAAUUCUCGCUGCCCCCCGGUGCAGAGCAGCAGUUUAGCGGCCAAGGCCACCACCAGGGCUCCUUGUCCCAGGGCGGCGGCCUGUCUGUCGCCGGCUCCAUGCGCCCGGGCUCCUCGUCUCGCAACGCCGCAGGCUCGUACGCAAGCCGCCCACAGUCUGCUGCCGGCAGCAUCAACGCCGCGCCCACAAACCACGGCCGCUACUCGUCCAAGCACCUCCCCUACGCCCUGGUCGAUUUCGACAAGCAGCAAGUCUUCAUCAACGCCGUCUCGGGCACGCCUGAGAACCCCCUUUGGGCGGGCAGCAACACGCAGUACAAGUUCGACGUGUCCCGCGCUACCGACGUCACCGUCUCGCUCUACAUCCGAAACCCCUCGGCCUCGCCCAACGCCGGCCGCAGCGAGGACAUUUUCAUUGGCACACUCAAGGUCACGCCCCGCUUCGAGGAGCAGCAGCAGGAUGGAAAGUCUGCAAAGGGAGAGGAGACGGCUGGCCAGGCUGGCGCCGACUGGAUACCUGUUCAGUUUGGCAGUGGUCAGAUGAAGGUCGGUGUCAACUUUGUCGAGAACCGCCAAGACCGCCUGGCAAUCGACGACUUUGAGCUCCUCAAGGUUGUGGGCAAGGGCAGUUUUGGAAAGGUCAUGCAGGUGCAGAAGAAAGACACGCACCGAAUCUACGCCCUCAAGACGAUCCGCAAAGCACACAUCAUCUCGCGCUCCGAAGUCGCACAUACUCUUGCUGAACGUUCAGUAUUAGCCCAGAUCAACAAUCCCUUCAUCGUGCCGUUGAAGUUCUCGUUCCAGUCGCCAGAGAAGCUAUAUCUCGUGCUAGCCUUCGUCAAUGGUGGUGAGCUGUUCCAUCACCUCCAAAAAGAGCAGCGUUUCGACAUCAACCGCGCCCGCUUCUAUGCUGCCGAACUGCUCUGCGCUCUCGAGUGUCUGCACGGCUUCAAUGUCAUCUACCGCGACCUGAAGCCAGAGAAUAUCCUGCUGGAUUACACUGGUCACAUUGCCCUUUGUGACUUUGGUCUCUGCAAGCUCGACAUGAAGGACGAGGACAGGACGAAUACGUUCUGUGGAACACCAGAGUACCUCGCUCCUGAGCUCUUGACGGGUGCUGGCUAUACCAAGGCUGUCGAUUGGUGGACGCUCGGUGUACUGCUGUAUGAGAUGUUGACUGGCCUGCCACCAUUUUAUGAUGAAAACACCAACGAUAUGUAUCGCAAGAUCCUCACUGAGCCUCUGCAUUUCCCAGGCCCUGAAAUCGUGCCGCCGGCUGCGCGAGACCUGUUGACUCGUCUGCUCGACCGCAACGCAGAGAAGCGGUUAGGAGCCAAGGGCGCCGCCGAGAUCAAGGCACACUACUUCUUCCACAGCAUCGACUGGCGAAAGCUGCUCGAAAGGAAGUACGAGCCCAGCUUCAAGCCCAAUGUGGUUGACGCAAAGGACACUGCAAACUUUGACCGUGAGUUCACCUCGGAGGCACCCACAGACUCGUACGUCGACGGUCCCAUGCUCUCGCAGACAAUGCAACAGCAGUUUGCAGGAUGGUCAUACAACCGUCCCGUUGCCGGUCUCGGCGACGCUGGCGGUUCAGUCAAGGACCCGUCGUUCGAGGGCGUGACAGAAAGAUAAAGCUAGCACCCUUGGACACAGCGGUUCGGCUUCGGAGCCGUUGAGUUGGUGCUUGGCUUGUGCCGGCGAGGAGGCCGAGCAAAAGGAAAAACACCCACCGGCUUUGGAUGGAUCCACACUAGAGAAGGCAUAGUGAUUGGUGGGUUCUCAGUGCUCUUUGAUGCUUUUUGGGUUCGGGAGCAACGGCACGGCGCUUGAGGCAGCAUUUGUGUGAGAGAAGCCUACAUUCAGGCCAGCAAAUCAAUACGAUAUCCCC